GCAAUGUACUGUAUGAUGUAGAUGUUGUGUGGACGGAGACGCCUUCACAUAAACCAAACCCACACCUUCAGAUUCAUCCAGUGGUUGGUGUCGCGGGACGAAGGAUGAUCGCGUCCUGCUCUGACAGCAUCAGCACCACCACCACCAGCAUCAUCAGCGCUCGUCACAGCACGCGCGCGUCUUCCUCAUUCACUGAUGCGAUGCGCGCUCGCUCGCCGCGUCUCCGUUAAACAGCGCCGUUUGUCAUCCGAGCAGACGCGCCCGGUACCGGAUUGUCUCUCGAGAGGAUGUACUGUACCACCGGUGGAUAACGGCGGCGAUUGUUUACCGGGGCCCUUCCGUGAGAGACAGACAAGGACGGAGAGGAUAGACGCGGAUUUUUGGCUGGAUGUUUACGAUUGACACUUGUAAGGAUUUUGCCGUACGUAUGGAGCCAUGCGGAGCGACUGUCAGGUUUUAUAGGAUGUUGAAUAUGUAAAGCACCAGACUGUGGGGACGCCCUCCAGGGCUGUAGUCUCUCUCCAGCUGGGAUCAUGUUCUAGACCGGACCCGCACAGCAACCAUGCAAGGCUUAGGGGCCAACCGUAGCCGACAUCUCUCAGAUACCUGUGACCCCACCGCAGGUCCCCAGGAGCCUUUAUGUCCCCCAGACCCUCACGCUACCUACCUCCUGAGCCCCACCAUCAAUCAUUAUGGCACUCUAGAUCCUCACAUUCACCACUUCUCCGUUUCUUCUCCCACCACACUGCAGUCUGACUGCCUGCUGCCCCUAAAUAACCAGCUAACCAACAGCAGCACCUUCCCACGUCUCCACUACAGCAGCCAGACAGAUCAGAGCGAAUACACGCAGGGCUGUGUGGGUCAGACAGGCAGUCGAGCUGGCACCCUCACCUCUUCUAUGUCCAUGGGUCUGGGCCUCGGGUUGGGCGCCCCCGCCAUGAUCUCCAGCGGCACGGCCACCAUUUCCUCCGCAGCCGCCGCUAAGAUGAACCGGCUCCCGGCCAACCUCCUGGACCAACUGGAGCGCCACCUGCCACUCCAGCGAGACGGUUUCAGCACGCUGCAGUUUCACCGACGCAGCCGCGGUUCCAAGCAGCGCAGCGAGAGUCCCAGUCGCAUCCGCAACCUGGUGCAGUCCGUCCAGAAGCUCUUCGCCAAGUCGCAGUCCCUAGAGGUGUCAGCGGCCAAAGGGAACAUGGCCGUGGGUCAGCCUGGAGACGGCGCCAAGGCGACACGACGAAGCAAGAGCAAAGACCGGGCCAAGACAGAGGGCACCAAACGGCGACCUCGACCCAACCUCUCAGGGUUCUGGAGCUCAGAUGAUGCUUUGGAGGACGAGUCCACGAGUCAGCCCGCUGCCGGCCCGUUAGCGGUGGCGUAUCGAAACCCGUUGAGCAUGAUGUCGCUGGGCAGGGCCGUGUCGGACAGUCAGGCGGCACCCAAACCGCACCCGCAGGGCUACAACACCAUCGCAGCUCAUACCCUUAAAUCUUCAAACAGCAGUGGAGAUCUGAAGCCUCAAAUGGGACAGGCCGCCUCUGGGCACAGCGUGCUGGUAAAGAGAGGAUCCUGGUCCACGCUGACUCUCAGUCAGGCUAGACAGGUGCUUCAGAAGGGCUCUGCCACUGUCAAUCGCACCUUGCUCAAAUCCAAGUCGUGCCAUGGACAAGAAAUGACCUGCAACUUCCUACAGGUGCCUGCAGGUGAGUGGAGUGGGACGCUGGGUAAGGGUGAAGGGUCAAGCGAGAUCCCGUGCAGAAGGAUGCGCAGUGGCAGUUAUGUGAAAGCCAUGGGUGACACCGAGGAGAGCGAGGACUCAGAUGGACCUCCAUCACCUAAACCAUCACCGAAAAGCGCAGCCAGACGGCAGAGUUACCUGAAAGCCACCCAACAGUCUCUGAGCGAACAGCAGCCACCUCUACCACCUCGCAAACAAAGCCGUUGUUCUUUCAUGCGGGAGCAGUUUGGUGUGGUCUGGUUUCCUCUGCAGAGCGCCAGCUCAGUGCCACACCUGCACAGCUGUAUGCCGUCUCUAUGCGAGGUAUCCACCAAUCGGAGCCUGGACAACCUGGAUUGUUUGAUGACAUCACGAGAAGUCGGGCUGCAGGACUGGGACACCGAUCGUGGGUUCAGUCAGGGCUGUGUGAGUCUGGGGCGAGGGUCCACCAUGAACCAGGUGGAUCCGGGUUACGGCAGCGCAGCUUACGGACAGCUGGACUCUCAAGCAGUGGAGGCCUUAGAUCUUCCCAAACCCACCUGCUUUCGCUCACGAAGCCACAGUUACCUGCGGGCCAUCCAGGCCGGGUGCUCCCAGGACGAUUCAGACGAGACUCCGCCCACAACUAUGACCAUCGGUAGCUAUAAGAACAGCACCAAGUCCUCGUGUACAGCUCUCUGUAAGAAGACUCCUCCCCCUAUACCUCCUCGCAUCGCUUCUAAACCCUACAUCGCCGUCACGGUCCAGAGCAGCACCGAAUCCGCUCAGGACACCUACCUGGACAGCCAGGAACAACGCAGCGAGGUUAACAGCCAAUCCGGACGCAGCAAUUCUUCUGACAGCAUCGCCAGCUCGUGGACAGGAAGUUUGGUCAAGGGCGCCAAGCGCCCGUCCAUUCUGCCGCCUAUUCCUGCCCCGCGGGAGCCCGUACCCCUGCCCAGCGCCAGAGUGACCACCCCACCUCCUGCGAUCGUUCUGCCCUCUCCCGCCCCGGAUGCCAAAAAUGACUCUGUGAGUCUCACGGUGGCACCGUACGAACCGCAAGCUCAGCCCAAGAGAAAAUUGUCAUCUAUUGGUAUUCAGGUGGAUUGUGUUCAGCCCGCUCUGAAAGAGGAACAAACUCCCACCACCAGAUUUCAGUCCAUUGGUGUUCAGGUUGAGGACGGCAGGCCGCUCAGUCGCUACACUAGUAUGGCAUCUAGACAGGAGACUGAGACUGAAGCUCAGGAUCAGUCUGACGGUAAACUUUCUGUAAACAAGACACCAAAUCAAUCGCUGGACGGUAGCACCCACAACAAACCCACAAGACCGGACAUGAUGCGCUGCAGUACUGCCUCGCUGCAGGAGAAACUGGACCCGGCGCUGGAUCCGUCUUCACUGCCUCCACCCGACCCCUCCCUACAGGCCGGUACAGGGAACGUAAACGGAUCCGCGGAGCAACCCGGUGGCGUGGCCUGCCUCAGGGACGGACAGUGGUUCCAGAAACUUCUUCAAGCCGAGACGGAUCGCAUGGAGGCCUGGUGUCAACAGAUGGACCAAGAGACCAAAGACAAACAACUGUCAGAAGAGGUUUUGGGGAAAGUUCGCAGCGCAGUCGGCUGUGCUCAGCUCCUUAUGGCUCAAAAGUUCAAGCAGUUUCUGGGACUUUGCGAGCAGAAUCUGGAUGCAAACGCUCAGCCGCGGCCCACCGCACAGGAUCUGGCCGGGUUUUGGGAUCUACUGCAGCUCUCCAUUGAAGACAUCAGCAUGAAGUUUGACGAACUCCACCUCCUCAGGUCCAACGACUGGAAGAUAUCUGAGAUCCAGGACAAAAAGGAGGAGAAGAAAGCCGCUUCCGCACACACACCAAAGAAAACGGUGAAGGUGAAGACCAACAGCGGGAAGGAAAAGAGCAGCGAUUCUGACAAGCAGCGACAGGAAGCCAGAAAACGUCUGAUGGCGGCGAAGCGAGCGGUCUCGGAGCGCCAGAACUCGGCCACGGAGAGCGCAGAGAGCAUCGAGAUUUACGUUCCCGAGGCACAGACGCGACUCUAAGCGACUACGAAAUAAAACACUCACACCUUGUGCACCUCUGAAUACGUCUCCCUACGAAGAAACGCUCUUCCUUGCACGGACACUCGAACCCCGGCGUACCGGCAUCGGAUCUGCGUGACGUGCAAAAGUGCAGAAAACGUUGAGCAAAAAAUACGGAUUAACUCGAAUGAAAUUUGAACGCUACUGCGUCGUGGUCGCUGCCGCAGAAGAACCUCCCCCUGACAUUUGUUUCUAUUGUUAACCUUGUUAAAAUGCUAAAUGUUAUAAAAGUGAAUUAUCUCAUGGAUUAUAUCAAGACUUUGUCUGUAAAUUGUGAUAAUAUCUCUGAUGAAAAGACUUCGACCCUUUACACGCGUCACACGAGCCGCUUCACACGAUCACCGAACCUUCACCGAUUCUCUUCAUGGUUAUUUUGAGUGGGUUGUACAGCAUGCACUCAGGACCCUGCACGUGUGCACUUGUUUUUCAUCAGCACAGUCUUCCUGCUCUCACAAACGCACGUUUGGUUUUCUUUUCGUUGAAUUUGCUUCUGCUUUCCGCUGCCGUAUGGAGUGUGUUCGUUGGAAGCAAGAGUAGUAACUCAAGACGCGUCUGAAUGACGAAUGAUUUUUAGCAAGCAGACGAUCUGAGCUCCUGAAGCUCUGCGGUAGAUGUUAGGACGGUACAGCAGAUAGUUGAUAUUUACUAAAGCAAAUCAUCUGAAGACGUGAAUAGCACAGAUUCCAGUUCUUAAUUUUGUCCAAUUAGUUUAUUAAAUGCUUUCGAUCAACACUAUCACUCCAGUAAACGCACCGCUUGUUUUGCUCUUCACAAAACUGCACAUAGAAAAUGUCAAACACUCUUUCUGUUUCGUCGAUUUGUGUCUUUUUAUUUUUGUAGGAUUUAAACGACCAAUUAGAUUUGUUUUUAUGAUAAAUGUUUUAGAAAUUCAUGAAUGAUUAUUGUACUUUAGUUUUGUAAUAUUAUUGUUAUUAAUUUUAUUAUUAUUAUAUUAUUUUUAAGUUGUUUUUUUUGUGGUCCAGUCAUUCCAUGUGGUAAACGCUUGUGUCCGCGGUUAGAUGAUUUCCAGUCGGUUCAAGCGAUGAGAGUAAAACCGUCUUUGUGUGACCAAUCCGAGCUCAUCACUUGUGAUGAAGGAUUUCUUUUAUUUACUGAUAUUAAAAACAUCCUUUACUCAGAACUUGUUGGUAUGGUUUGGAGAAAUUUCCUGUAUACAGAGUAAUGUUUAACUCAUUCCCCGGCCCGCUAGUCUUUUUCUUUAAUUGCCCGCUACCAUUUUUUGUGAUUUUCUAAAAAUUUUCAUUCCAGGAAAAUUUUCUUUUAUAAAUAUUUAAACAUACAAAUAUAUGAAAAGAAAGAACAGACCAUCUGCUUUCAAACAAACAAAAUGGGGGGGAAAACCUUAAUUUGUUUUCUUUUUAUAACUUCUUAGAUAUGCAUAGGUUUCUUCAAAAAUACCUAAUUUUAUUAGCAAAACGCUGAAAUAAUUUUAUUUUUGUAGAGGACUUUUGUUAGAGAUCAGUUUCAGAACGAUUAUCAAAACAUACAUGGAGUUUAAAAUGAAUUAAAUUAGUUUUUGAGUCAGUUUUUUAUAAAUUUGGUAACAGCACUAUCUAGUGGAUAAUAGCAGAAUUACAGAUUACUGUAAAAACUCGUCAGAAAAACGUCAUUGGCAGGAAAAUGUUUAUUCUUAAUUGACAAAAUAUCUCGUCAAUGGCGGGGAAAGAGUUAAAUAUGUCACAGUCUUGAAAAAAAAUCUGACCUUUAGUUGUCUCUGCACUUUUAACAUCAUUAAUGAAACGCUGCACUUUUAGGAGCUGAAAGAGUCACUCGUGCUUUUAUUGCUUUCUGUUGCGUGUGUUUGUGAAGGCCGUAAAGUUUCCCCUUUGACAUGUUAUGAUUCGGAAGCCCAAACUGGUAGGCUAUAAACUUCACGGUGAACACUAACCAGAAGUUGAGCUGAAGUUUGGGAAAGAGCCAAAAGUCUUGUGCAUUGCAUCUGAUAACUUUGCUGUUUCUAGAUCAGCUAGUUACAGGUCUGAUCAGAUUGGAUAGUCUUUGUUUAGCAGUAAAAUGAUAAUUGCAAUAAACUAGAUAGUCACUAUGGCUAACUUUUGUUCCCAGCUCAGCUUGUAGGACAUUGGGUUAGCAGUCCAAAGGUUGUGGGUUCAAUUCCUGGGAACACACGUACAAAUUUUAGUGCUGGGGAAAGAUUAAUCGCGAUUAAUCGCAUACAAAAUAAAAGUGCAUUUUUGCAGAAUAUGUGUCUGUGUUGUGUAAUAAUUAAGUAUUUUUAAACACAAACACAUACAUAUAUAUAUUUCAGAACAUUUUUAUUUAUAUAUCCAUUUUUUGUUUAUAUAUAAUAUAAAUAAAUUAGUGCUGGGAAAAGAUUAAUCGCGAUUAAUUGCAUUAAAAAUAAAUGUGAAUUUUUUUGCAUAGUAUGUGUGUGUGUGUACUGAGUGUAAUUAUUAUGUAUGUUUAACCACACACACAUACAUAUAGUCAUUUCAGAUUUUUUAACUUAUAUAUAUACUUUUUUAAUUUAUAUAUAAUAUAGAAUAUAUAAAAAUAAAUAAAUAUAUAUACACAUGUUAAUGUUUCUUAAAUACAUACAUGAAUGUGUGUGUAUUUAUAUAUACAUAAUAAUUACACACAGCACACACUCAUAUAUUAUGCAAAAUAAAUUACUUUUAUUUUGAUUGCGAUUAAUCGUGAUUAUUCUUUUUCCAGCACUAAAAUAAAUAUAUAAAGACAAGUAAAUGUUUCUUAAAUGCAUACAUGAAUGUGUGUGUAUUUAUAUAUACAAAAUAAUUAUACACAGCACACACUCAUAUCUUAUGCAAAAAAAAUCACUUUUAUUUUGUAUGCGAUUAAUCGCGAUUAAUCUUUGCCCAGCACCAAGUUUGCUUAAUACACUUUGGUUAAAAGCAUCUGCCAAAUGUGUGAACAAGCAGUAAAUAUUUUUUCCCAGGAAUAUUUUGACACGAUUAUUAAGCAUCAGUUUUCUUUUCUUUAUAGAAGGGAUCACCAUGAGUCUAGAUGUGCAAAAAUUCAAAAGAAGUUUGAAUCAAAGCUGAAGUGAGUCAGAACUUCAUACACCAAAACUGAGUCACUACAGGGUUUUUUAGUGCAUAGAUAUAAGCAAAUAAAAUAUCUCUAUAUAUGGAAAAUGUCAGUAAAGGUAUAUUCCGUAUGUAAGAUUUCCCAAAGUCUCAUCUAGAUUGAUUCAUUUUUGUGUUUUGUCAUUGUUGUACUGUAGCUAAGAGAAAGUGAAUCUGUGCAGAGAUCCGAGCUUUUUCCAGCUAAUCAAAAUAUCCGGACCAAUCACGGCUCAGAACGCUGAAUGUUUAGACUCAAAGUUUUACCACUCGACUCAGCAAUAAUGUUAUAAUACAAAGUAAAAGCAGGUGACGUCACGUGUUGAGCAAAAAUACUGUAGUGUGAAGAAUCGCUUGUAAAUCAUGUUUGUACAUCUUCAUCUGUUUGUGCCAGACGUCCCGAUUUACGCGACGAGUGCUUUUUUUAACGAAUACUAAUACUCAGCACAAGUUUCUAAAUUCUGCAUGUGCAGCAAUAUCUCCCCUACCAAAUCUUACAGCCUUUAUUCCUGUGGAAAGACUGAGUACUCGCAUCACUUUCCAUUGAGUAUCUAUAAACUCCAGACCAUCAAACGCAAAUAGGGCUACACUGGACUGACGGACAGUCACCGCAGGACUUUUAAUGGACUCUUAACUGCCUUUGUGUCUGCUGUAACUAACCAAUGAUGUUUCUCAGACCGGAUGGAGAGGGCUGAUACAGGUGUCAUCAUCUUCCUCUGUUUAAAUCAUAUGUAAGGGGAUUAUUGCCUGUUUGUGAACCCCACAUUUAAAUUCUGCCAUUAUUUACUCACCCUAUAUGUCAUUUUAAACUUGUAUAUGUUGAUCUUCCAUGAAACACAAAAUGACUUUGUGAGUUUGGAGAGGGUGAGUAAAUGAAAGAUGAUUUAAUUUUGGGUCAAUUUUUUUUUUUAACACCACGUGUAACUAAAAAAGAGCUGGUUUGGUACUGAUAUGGGAAUUUGAUCUGUAUUCAGGUGGUCCAGUUUUGUUUUUCGAGAGAGUCUUAAUAUCUGAAUACUUAAAUUGAAUAUGCAUACAGACCCAAAUCUUAUUCUUCAGAGUCCAGAGAAACAUAGAUUUGCUAUAGAUAUUGUUCAUGGUUAUUAUUUUUCAAAACUCGCGUUUUAAAGUAAUAUAGAUGCAUACAAUGUUACACUCUGUAGAUUGUAGGAUUGUUGUGGAAAUAUUUCUUUUACAAUAAAAAAGCUUUAUUUAACAAGA